CUUGGCAUGUUUAACUUGUAAAUGAGAUCCAUUAGCUCUUCAAAGUAUGGUCCAGGAUGGGGUUUUAUCGUCAAUAUCUGUUGUUGCAAACCUUAAUUCGGUAUAUUAUAGAUUUAAAACAUUAAAACAUUAAAAAUAUAGAUGAACUAUAUUUUAUUCUCAUUUUCUGUAUGAUAUGGGUUAACUGGUGCUUCCUAAUGCUUGCUAUUGAACCUUCACAAAGACAAAUCUCAUUCUUUCUUAUUCUUACUUCCCUCAAAGUUGGGAAAUUGAAUAUAUCAUAUAAGAUUAAAUAUAAAAUCAUAUUGUCCAUUAUAACAGUGAGAAUAUAACCAUCUUAUCAUCAUAACUUUCAGCAGUUUCCUCACUUUCCUUUGUGUCACCCGUGACGUCUGCUCCACGGAUUCACCUGCUCUAAUUCCUUAACGGGAUUGCCAAUUCCCCGGAUAUCCACUUAGAACCUGAUUAGACGAGCUCAACUCAUUAGCUCUGACAAACCAACUCAAACCCCUCAACCCCAAGCCAAAGAACAGGCCUUGUCCUAUCAAGCGUUCACCAAACUACACCAAUGACCCUUUUAGAAACCACACAUCAAGUGUAAAAACAAGACCGAAAUGCCCAUAUUACUCCAAAAUGGCUGUUAGAACCAAUGCUGAGAACGCCAUAAGAAGAUGUUCUUCGGGAACCAACCAUAUUUUUGUUCAAGCCACACCCUAUCCAUCGCUUCCUCUGUCCUCUGCUUUCGGUGCUCACUCUUGCCUUGUCUUUCGACCUCAUAACCUGAUUUUCCAUUCCAAUCGGUUUACCUGUUCCACGCCCUCCCCAUUCCCUCUCUCUCUUUCUCUCUCCCUCACCCUUUCUGUGCCCAUCUUUGGGCUUAUCCUUUCAUCCCUGAUCUCCUUCAUCCCCUCCAAUCCUCAUCUGUCCUCUCUCGCAGACGGGGAAGAGAAAGAGAGAGUUUUUCCACAGCUUGUGUUGGUAAGAACCCCAAUCAGCAGCAGCCAUGGGUGAAAUGGAGCAGAUGAAAAAGGAGGCCGAAGCCCUGAAGACACAGAUCGAGGCGGCUCGUAAAGCAGUAGGUGACACAGACAUGGCCUCUGCCGCUUCUGGGGUGGCUCCGGCCCCUCGGGUCCAACUCAAGACCAGGAGGACCCUCAAAGGCCAUCUGGCUAAAAUCUAUGCUAUGCAUUGGAGUACAGACAACAAGCUAAUGGUCAGUGCAUCACAGGAUGGCAAACUACUAAUUUGGGAUUCUCACUCUGGAAACAAGGUCAAUGCUGUUCCCCUCAAGUCCUCAUGGGUGAUGACCUGUGCAUAUGCUCCUUCUGGAAACCUCGUGGCCAGCGGUGGUCUGGACAACAUGUGUACUGUCUACAACUUGAAGACACCUGUAAUCAAGACCGUGAAAGAAUUGGAUGCUCACACAGGUUACUUGUCCUGUGCACGCUUCCUCAGUGACACAGAGAUUCUAACCUCCUCUGGUGAUACCACAUGUGCAUUGUGGGAUUUGGAGACUGGAAAGCAGAAGACAGUUUUCCUGAACCAUGUUGGCGACUGCAUGUGUCUGUCUCUGUCUCCGGACAUGAACACCUUUGUUUCUGGUGCUUGCGACUCCCUGGCCAAGCUGUGGGACAUCAGAGAUGGCCAGUGCAAGCAAACCUUCCAGGGCCACACGAGUGACAUCAACGCCAUUUCAUUCUACCCUAGCGCCAAUGCGAUUAUCACUGGCUCGGAUGACUGCACAUGCAAAAUGUAUGACCUUCGUGCCGAUCAAGAAGUGAUCAGUUACCAGGAUGCCGCCCUGAACAGCGGCGUAACAUCACUGGCUCUCUCCAUGUCUGGUCGCCUCAUCUUUGCUGGUUACGACGACUUCAACUGCAAUAUUUGGGACUCGCUAAAAGGCGAGAAAGUGGGCGUGUUGUCUGGCCACGACAACAGGGUGAGCUGCACCGGAGUACCGGAAGAUGGCAUGUGUGUUUGCACCGGCUCAUGGGACAGCUUCUUGAAGAUUUGGAACUGAGUUGGACCUUGAGACAAGAUGAGAAUGAUAAUAAGAAAGAGUAUGAGAAAGAAAGGAUGAGUAAAUGUUGAGAGAGAGGAUGAGAACACAUCCAUUUCUAAGCAACAAAGAUUCUCACACACAUAAACACGCAAUGGUCCACCUGUACGUGUGGGAUUUCUGGAAGACUGGUUUUCAUUAGAAUAUAUAAAUGCAAUAUUUAAUGUAAAAAUGUAAGUUGCAACUAACUCAGGAUUGCAUUAAUGUUAACAUCUCACAACAACGAUACGUUGACUUAAAAUGAUAGUGUUUUUAACAUCUUAAAAAUGAGGUAAAUUAAUAAUCAUUUAAGAAUUUAAAAUAUAGUAUUACAUAUUUUUGUCCAUUCAAAAUCCUCAUCAUUAGAUAAAAAUUUGGAUGAAUAUUUUUAUUUAUUAGACAUGGCAAUAGAAUGCAGAAGAAAAUGUACAGUGACUUUUCCCAACAACCACAAUGACUGUCUGAGAUCUGAUUUUAUGGCUCUUUGAUGAUGGUGACAACUUUAAUUUGGCAUAUAGUUGUAUUUUAAUUUUUAGCAAAUUCCCAAAGCCCCCAGAAUGACAAGUUAUGCUAAAAGAUUAAAUGUCUGUAUUUACGUCUUUCAUCUUUUUGUAGAACUUUUACAAACAAAACAGUUCCUCUUGAAUAUUGCAGUGGUUACUCAAACAACUUUCUAAUAAACGUAGUGUUCUGCAUUAAACAAUA